UCCUUUGUUGACGUGUUCGAGCUAGCUUUCUUAGCUAGCUAAGCUAGGUUAGAUAUGUGAGGAGGAAGUGGGUUAAAGACGGUGUUUUAGAGUCGGAGUCGUUUCAGGCGGGUCACAUUUACAGUUGAAUGUCCACAGAAGAUGGAGACACUUUACCACCAGACGAAUAAGCAAAUCCAGGAAGUGCAGUCCCAAAUGGGACGUCUGGAGACAACUGCUCGUGAGUCAGUGCACUUGUUAGAAAAUGAGUUGCAGGCCAGAAUUGAACAGAUCUUCGCUCAUCUGGAACGGCUUGAGAUCCUGGCCAGCAAAGAGUUGCUGAACCGCCGUCAGAAUGCCAAACUACGGGUGGACCAGCUGAAGUACGAUGUGCAGCACCUGCAGAGUGCGCUGAAGAACUUCCAGCACAGACGCUACACCCGAGAGGCUCAGGAGAGAGAGAGAGAAGAACUAAUGAGCCGGACCUUCACUACCAAUGAAGCAGACACCUCUAUCCCCAUAGAUGACACUCUCCAGUUUAAUUCCUCCCUGCACAGUGCUCACAGAGGCAUGGAUGAUCUCCUUGGCUCUGGUUCCAGUAUUAUCAAUGGACUCCGUGACCAGAGGAGUACACUCAAGGGUACCCAUAAGAGGAUGCUGGACGUGGCCAACAUGUUGGGUCUGUCUAAUACAGUGAUGCGUCUGAUCGAGAAGCGUGCAACACAGGACAAGUUCAUCAUGGUGACUGGAAUGUUGAUCACCUGCGUGGUCAUGUUCCUGGUGGUGAGAUACCUGAGCUGAACCUGCCAGAUGUUAUAUGGACCAUAGCAGCAGAAAGCAAAGCUUUGGGUCCUUGUAGGAUUACUUCAGACUGCAUUCUGGAUUCAUGUCUGCCAGCCUUUUUGGGUGAUCUCCUGUUUUGAUGUAAAUGAAACCUGUAUCCUGGAAGAUUUCGUUGUUUAAUUAAAGCACAAAGAGAUCUGUUGGCUGUUUCCUAUAUGUUGGUUGUCUCUAACUGGCCUACCUGUGACUGUUGCCGUCAUAGGAAAACCUUGUAUCGUCAACGAUGACACAUCCCAAAUGUUUAUGGAAAAAACAUGGCUAAUUUUGGACCACUUCUUUUGGUACACUUCUAAUGUAAAAGGCAGCUGAGGUUUUUGAAAAGUUAAUAUCCAGGUUCUCUGCUGAUGGUGACAUGAUGGACAUACAGUGUUAAAGACUGAAGCCCUGUAAUCGUUAUGAAGCUUAAUACUAAUAAACAACUGAAGUUG